GUACUAAAAUUCACGGCACUGAAAGUUAACAAAGCGUGCAGUGGACGGUGGAUGACGACCUUGUUUUCCUAAUCCUCUCCACCUGCUGAAAACCCCGCCUAAAACGCUGCCACCGUCCCCCAGGAUUUCACGUGAGGACCAGGGGUGAUUAGUCCUUCGGAAAUGAAAUCAAUAGCGUCCAAGAGAGACGCAUCUGGGAGGAAUUAGCAGCCGGGAAAGCAGACGAUCCCAUCAGCGUGUUGAUUGGCAGAUGCGCAGUGAGCGAAGCGGCCAGGAUGCGAGGCUAGCGCAGAGGGCGUUGAAGCUCACUUAAUACUAGGCAGUAACGAACGCUGCUGCAGUGGAUCUGCCACUAAUUAACCACGACGGGAUUAAAUACAUCCUUCAAACUCUCAGGGUUCGUCGAUUGCUGAUAAACGCAGUUUUCACAAUCGCAGAACAGCUAGGACUGGGAAUAUCCCUUUGGUUUCGUUGAUCUUGAAGAUUCACUGACCAGGGAAAGAAGUGGAGUGGAAGGCGCGGGUGUUGGGGUCGCCCACUGUAAUGUGAUCACCAGUGAAAUACUUGCCGAUGAUGUCAGAGGAGUGAGAAGGUUGGAGGCAUCCUCAUUAACGGAUUUAGUUCUAUAGUCAUACUGCGGGAUCCGCACAUUACAUAUUUAUGUUAGCUAUAUUCAGCACAGAGGUCUACAUCAGCAGAAUGCAGGCUUCAUGAACAAGACGGGAUAUUGAGAGAGAAGAAAAGAAAAAAUUACGUAUUUGAAACAUCAGCUUGCUGCUAGUGUGCGGAAUAUUCACUCGAGAAUACCUUCUAGCGGUGCAAACGGUACGUUGAAAUGGUUGCAAUAUCAUUUAAGAAAAGGGCGUUUUUAGACGAGAAAAGCAAGCCUCUUAUUACCUAAGCAGACGAAGAUCAAUUUUUGUCAAUGUUUGACACGCCAGAGUGCGGAAAAAGAGGAGAACGGAAUUAGAAUUGUGAUCGAUAUCAAAUUCUUUCGGCUGUAUGGACUAACAAAGAGAUGUGCAACCGUUACAGGAAAACUAUGAUGUUAUGAUCAAUUCUAAACUUUGCCAGGAAAGAUAAGCAGAUCGUUGUUCAGAAACACCGAACGUUGCCUUUUUGUCAGUGUUGGAAACCGCUGCGGAGUAAAAUUCCAACGUUAUCUACCAAGGGCUUCUAUUGAUUGUUGGAGUUAAAGGAAAGCAGUGCGUUUUGGGAGAUAGAAAGCUGGCAAUCUUGGGCAAGGCGCCAUCUCAGCACGUAGUUGAAGCAAAAGGAAAAGAGAGGAAUUUUUCUCCACACACUCUUUCUUAUGAAAUACGUCUGACUUCGCUGUCGUCAUAUUUCCUACCACCGAUUUAGCGACCUUGUGGAAAAGGUAUCUCAGUAUAUAUUGUGCAUAUAACUACUCUACACAUCGGACAUGGCUUCCAAUACAUGGGACGGUCUAAGUUUUUGUAAUUUAUCCAUAGAACAGGCGUCAGUGAACGGCUUCGCCACCAUCAAGAAUGCUCAGACUGGGAAAACGGAUUAUGCCUUUAUCGUGGAGGUUCGCUGGUCUGAUGAGAGGACGCGGUUUAUAAAACGGACUUUCUCGGAUUUUCUUAACCUUCAGUAUAAACUUUUGAAAUGCUGUGGAAAUGAACUAAAAGCUAUCGUCGUAGCCAAGAAGCUGGCCCUGCUGUCAGGGAGAAAAUCAAUGUUUCAGAGGAACGACAGUAAACUGGCUGAGGGCCGAGAGCCUCAACUAAAUCGUUUUGUCAGUCAAAUAUCCUCUCUCCCUACACAGGUUUCACAGAGUCCUCUAGUCUUAUCCUUCUUCGAGUCACGAACCACGGACCCCAAGCCGUUCAAACACGACUCCUCUCUCCAUGACAACCAGCAUGACGACGACGAUGACGUGGACUACCUCAACGGUAACCAUGACGACGAUGACGACACAGAUUUCUUCAUAGACAUGACGGACCUCAUGCUGACUGAGGACGUGGAUUGGAACAUGGCGCUGCAGCCGAACAGCCCCUCCAGCAGUAACGCAAUAUGGGGCUCAUAUCUUGACCGCUGUCCGAAAUUGCUCAGUAGCAGCAUGAACGACCUGACGAUUGACCCUUUCACUUAUACAGAAUUCGCGGAGACUUUGAGUGAACAGGAGGAAGGAGUGAGUGACACAGAGAACGACAGUGGUGUGCAGGAAGACACCUUGACGGAGUCCUCGACCAGCAGUUCCUUAGACUCCAUCAGCAGUUCGAGCAGCGUCAACAGCAGCUCGUGACGUCAUGACAGCACAUUGUGACGUAAUGACAGUAGCUCGUGACGUCAUGACAGCAGAUUGUGACGUAAUGACAACGGUUCGUGACGUCAUGACAGGGACACGUUAGAAUACGACUUUUCUCACGAAGUCCGCCGAAUUUUGUCGGGUUCAGUCGUCUUUAGACGCUACUGAGAUAACGCAGAAGUGACCUUAGUGGAUUUCAUAAUAAGUCAGGUUUGGCACAGCCAACAUAUAACACUGCAAUAUAAUUUCAGUGUAUGAGAUUCAAUCAACCAACAAUUGACAUGAUGAGUUGGAUGAAUUCCUACAGUUGCCAAAAUAUCUCAUGGGAGAAAACUGCUGUUUAAUCUGACUGUUAGAAACCAAGCUGACGUUUUAAACACACCCGAAGAACUGCUUUAAGAGACACUGCUGGUCAGUGAGAUGACGCUUUGGGUGUGUGUGGGGAGUCAUGGCGGAACGUGGAGAUUUGCAUUAGGAUAACAUAAUGUGAAACUGAGCAAUUGUUUUAUUUGCGGACAUUCAUGACACUGAAAUACAUCAUGACACUAAAAAGAUCCUUUGAAAGACAUUAUUUCGAAAACAAGUGCAACAAUAAUAUUUAAAAGAUGUGCAAUGAAGACAUUACCAAAAGCAUUAGGAUUGUGAUUACUGUCUUCCUGUAAUAAUACAUUAACAAAUGAGUUCUUCCUACCACUUCGUCUUCCGUUAGACCUACGUGUAUAUAAUGGGGUCUAAAAAUACUCGCUGACUGACAAAACAAUGUGUCCAGCCAUUUUCUGGAAUUGCAUUAGUUAAGGUAUAGCCGCCUUCCCUAAACCAGGAUGUGACUGCACAGAGGUUAUAACAAAUUCUGGAAACCGGAAGUCAUCUUGCAGGCGUUUCAACCGGAUUCAGGAGACGCACCAGGACAAAGAAGUCAUAUCAUUGACUUUAAGUGGUGCAAAAGUAAUAAUUGUUUCUUUUUAAUUUGAGAAUAAUGUAAAUAUUUUAUUCCUAGAAUUGAUCCUCUGUCUUCCAUCUCGAACGCCUUGGCACUAAAUUUGGUUUCUAGAGCAAAAUGUCCAAGGAUUCCUCAUGUCUCGUUCUGGUUCUAAUUCUAUAUGGAAUCGUACGAGAUAACCCGAGUGCUUUGCUUCCAUUCUUUAUCAAAUGAGGCAAAACAAUGCGUAAAUAUUAGAUGGCAGCUGGCAGCAUGUUUUGGUGUUUUGACUGAUCCAUACAAUGUGGAAAUUUAAAUAAUUCUGGUAUAGAGACGUUCUCGGCUCCAUUUUGAAUUGCUCUGUAUGUGCAUGCACCCAGGGCUUUUAUUUACGCAGAAUAAGUGUUGUCUCUAACUGAAUUGUAAUUUCCUUAAUCGUGUUUUCAUAUAUGUCGUAUCGUAUGUAGGGAUCGAAUAUCUUCGUACCAAAUGGUAUUAGAGGUUUUCUUGUGAUCUAGAUCAGAACAAAACAUCCACCGUAUAAAGAAGGCGGGCCAUAUUGGAACAAGUGAAUGAUUUACCAUUGUGUUAAGUGUUUUAUAUACGGUAGACUACUAACAGCAUCCAUCAGACUAGAACUGACUUGUAUCGAUAUGUUAUAAGAUAUAUUAACACUGGUCAAUCUCGUUGGUCAAGAUAUUUAGACACUGACCAUGCCCAUGACAUUGCUCAUGCGAUAUAUAAUUUGACCAUCACAAGUGUACCAUUGAUAAAUGUCCAGAGGUCAUUUGUAAGGUAUUUUGAUGGCUAAUCAGGACAUCUAAAACACUGUAUGUUCGGUUCCGUGUACUUCACGACUCAAUCCUUAAUGGUCCAUGUGUGUUGAAGUACCGAUACUUAUCACAUUAGGGCUGUCACUUAUAUAUACACACCCAGAAAUUACUCCCAAGAAUUUUCGACCAACCCGUCGCAUUUUUAUAACACUUUGGUUAUAUAAAAGCUAAUCUACGUACGUGAACUUAACAAGGACUAAGUGCUUCUAGUACAGUGUGCUCAUCAGCCAAAUUCAAUUACUAACGUGUUUAGGUUUAACUUAAUGGUAAUUUCUAAAUGUUUGGUACUUUUGGCGUCCAGUGAUAUAAAUUUGCACUGGAAUCUAAUAUUAAAUCAAGCAGAAGAGCCGAACACAGAUUAAAGGGGCAUGUUUUAUGUGUAUAUCAGUUCACUAUGUUUUGUUUAUAGUUGAGACAACUGCAAUACUUUCUCCAAAGGACUAUAUUCGUGUUUUUAUUCAUCGUUUUAAGUUGUUCAUCUGUUUGGUAUAUAAAUCAUUAGCAUGGAUGUGAUUUUAAGUUUGAGUGAAAAGUAAUGGAAAUUACGAUUAAAGAUACGAAGAGUUCUUGAAAAUUGUAAAAUGUAUGUAAAAUCAUUCACAUAGGAUGUGCAAGAAUUCUGUGGCAGAUAGUGAGAAUGGGGUGUUGUACGUGAUUUGUACGUCUUAAGUCAUUUUGUUUCUUACUGCUGUUGAUCGUGUGUUAUUGUUAUUGAAUAUAUACAUCGUCACUUUAUCAUAUUACACAAAACUCAUGUUGAAUCUACUUGAAUGUUUUAAUAAAAAAGGAGCUAUGUGAUCAUUUAUUGGUGUUCAGUUUGUCAAUUACCGGGAAAUUCCUUUGA